AUGGAAAAUGGAAACCACACAUCAGAUUUUAUUCUUCUAGGACUCUUUAACCAAACAGGAGCCCACCUCUUCCUGUUUGUGAUGAUGCUGACAAUUGUCUUCAAUUCCCUGCUAGGAAAUGCCCUCAUGAUCUUCCUGAUUCACCAGGACCGCCGGCUUCACACUCCCAUGUACUUUCUUCUGAGCCAACUCUCCCUCAUGGACAUGAUGCUGGUUUGCACAAUUGUACCAAAAAUGGCUGCUGACUACUUGACUGGAAAUAAGUUCAUCUCCCUUGUUGGCUGUGGGUUACAGAUCUUCCUCUUCCUCACACUGGGUGGUGGAGAGUGCUUACUCCUGGCAGCCAUGUCCUAUGACCGCUAUGUGGCUGUAUGUCACCCUCUGCGAUAUCCCAUCCUCAUGAGCUGGCAAUUAUGCCUGAGAAUGAUUUUGGGAUGUUGGUUUCUGGGAGCAGCUGAUGGGCUUAUGCAGGCUGCUGCUACCCUGAGCUUCCCAUUUUGCAAAUCACGUGAGAUUGAUCAUUUCUUCUGUGAGGCACCCACACUGUUGCGCUUGGCUUGUGCUGACACAUCUGUCUUUGGGUAUGCCAUGUACAUCUGCUGUGUGUUAAUGCUUCUGGUCCCAAUUUCCUUGAUUCUGACCUCCUAUACUCUCAUCCUAGCUGCUGUUCUCCACAUGCGAUCUACAGAAGCCCGCAAGAAGGCUUUUGUCACCUGCUCAUCACAUUUGGCUGUGGUGGGACUCUUUUACGGAGCUGCCAUUUUUAUUUACAUGAGACCCAAAUCCUACAGGUCAGCUAACCAUGAUAAGAUUGUGUCUGCUUUUUAUACUAUCAUCACCCCUGCUUUGAACCCCCUCAUCUACAGUCUGAGGAACAAUGAGGUCAAGGAUGCCUUAUGGAAGUGUAUGCCUCAGUGUAGUACCUUAACUCAUGAGUAA